AUAUGUUUAAAAAAUUGAAAAAAAAAGAAAAAGGAAUUCUAGGGUUUAGGUCUUUAACUUGUCAAAACAAAAAGGUUCUAGAUUUCAAAGCGUCAAAGUAACAAUCGAAGAAGUGACGGUCGAGCAGGUUCACCGGAUUUUAGUGUUCAAAAUCUUAGUCGUGUGAGCUAUCAGCAAUAAUGUAUCUUCAGUAUUACAUAAAUGACAAUGGUGAUAAAGUUUACACUACCAAGAAGGAAUCCCCACUGGGCUUGGCAACACAGUCAGCUCACCCAGCGCGCUUUUCACCUGAUGAUAAAUUCUCGAGGCAAAGGCUUCUUUUGAAGAAGCGCCUUGGUCUUUUGCUAACGCAGCAGCCACCUCGAACGUACUGAGAUAUUGAACACUUUAUCUUUUGGAGAUUGUUUGAAAUGCUAUCUGUAUUUGUGCUUUCCUUCUUUUUUGCUAUAUUUCUGUUCCUUGAUGACUUGUAUGGAAGUUAAUAAUGAUGCAAAUAUUAGUAAAUGGUUAAAUGACUGGACAUAGACUCUUGGAAGUGAAUUUUUACCAUUUUGGGAUGAUUUUUAUAAUACACUACUAACCUUUUGGUAUA